AAGUUGGACAUGAAGAGCUGAAACUGGUCAGUGAAUUGCUGAGUAAGAGGCUUGGAUGCCUCCACGUUUCUUAUAUCUGACUAUUUGUUUGCUACACCUUCAAGACCUACUCAAUUCACUUCGUUAUUCACUUGUUCUUUGAAGCUGAAGUGAUUCCCCACCUCCAGCCCCUCCAAGUGCCCCUCCAUCAUCACGGAUAUUCCACUGAGACAACGAGCUGGGCAUUGUACCUGGUCAAGUGUCCUUCUUAUAACCUCCCUUCUCAUUGCAUUGAUCGCAGUAUUUCUAUCGAAUACCUUUACGUCUAUUACUUCAGUCAAAAUGGGUGGUGGUCCUGAAGGUUUCCGCACCGUCGCUUACUUUGUCAACUGGGCCAUUUAUGCCCGACAGCAUCGUCCUCAAGAUCUUCCCGUAGAGAACCUCACACAUGUUCUCUACUCAUUCGCCAAUGUCCGCAGCGACUCUGGCGAAGUCCAUCUCACCGACUCAUGGGCCGAUACUGACAUUCACUGGGAUGGCGACUCCUGGAAUGACCAAGGCACCAACUUAUACGGCUGUAUGAAGCAGCUCAACCUUCUCAAGCGUCGUAACCGCAACCUCAAGGUUCUUCUCAGUGUUGGAGGAUGGACCUACAGCAGUAACUUCAAGGCUCCUGCCAGCACACCCCAAGGACGCGAUACCUUCGCCAAGAGCUGCGUUGACCUUCUCAAGAACCUCGGAUUCGACGGUAUCGACAUUGAUUGGGAGUACCCUCAGAACGCAGAUGAGGCUAGAGAUUACGUUGAGCUGCUUGCUGCGGUUCGACGUGAGAUGGAUGCUUAUGCCCAGACUUUGAGCCAGCCUUAUCAUUUCGAACUGACCGUUGCUUGUCCCGCUGGCGCGACAAACUUCCAGAAGCUCGACAUUCGUGGAAUGGAUCGAUAUCUUGAUUUCUGGAAUCUGAUGGCCUACGAUUAUGCUGGGUCUUGGGACUCUGUUGCUGGCCACCAGGCGAACUUGUACCCAUCUCCCGACAACCCCCAAUCAACACCCUUCUCUACAUCCGCCGCCAUCGACUUCUACGUUCGCAGCGGCGUAUCCCCCAGGAAAAUCGUUCUCGGCAUGCCCCUCUACGGCCGAGCUUUCGAGAACACCGACGGUCCAGGCCGCCCCUACCAAGGCGUAGGUGGAGGAACCUGGGAAGCUGGUGUCCACGACUACAAGAAACUUCCCCUCGAGGGUGCUACAGAGUAUGGGGACAGAGGAUGCUGUGCAAGUUACUGCUACAACCCCCAGACACGAACCAUGGUCACAUACGACACGCCGCGAGUUGCCUGGGACAAGGCGGAGUAUGUCAAGAAGUGGAAGCUCGGAGGUGCAAUGUGGUGGGAGAGCAGUGCGGACAAGACUGGUGAACAAAGUCUGAUCACGACUGUUGUGAAUGGGUUUGGUGGACCGGGUGCACUUAUGAGGCAGGAUAAUUGCAUUGAGUAUCCUGCGAGUAAGUAUGAUAACUUGCGAAAUGGAUUCCCAGACAAUUAAGGCGAAGUGGAUUUGGUGGGUCAAGAAGUAAGAUGAGCGUUGAGUUAGGUUGACGCUUUCACUCUUGGGAGAAACAUAAGUAAAUGAACAGUAUGAAUAAAUCACGGCCUCAACAAGAAUGAACCAAGACAAAAUAUUGAGUUCACGAA